UUUUCAUGGCGGUGACCAAGUUGCUUACAAUCUCCAUAGCACUUGCUGCUCUUUCUGCAUCAGCAGCAGCUAUAGGUGUUGUGUUUUGGAGAAGAAAGACAAGGGCUGAUGAGGAGAAAAUACAAGAGUUGGAAAGAUCUUUGAAGGCUGCAUUGCAAAACUGUGGUGCUGAGAGGCAAGGCCGCAUUAGAGCUCAACAGGCAUUGAGGAAAGUUGCCAACUCAAAUGAUUCUAAUAAUUCAUAUCCUUUGGCACCUAUUGCAAUCACUCGGUCAUGCUUCUCCACGAGGAAUGGGACUCCGAGGCAACCUUUGGUUGUACCACUUGCUAAAGCAUGUCUAGUAUUUGAUCCAACUCGAGUUCCACCUGCAUCUCUUGAAGGUCUUGAAGGCUAUUCACAUUGUUGGAUAAUUUAUGUGUUUCAUCUGAAUACGGAUCUUGACAAGUUAUGGAAACAUCCAUCGCGGUCUAAGUUCAAGGCAAAGGUAAGAGUACCAAGGCUGAAAGGAGAAAGGAUGGGGGUCUUUGCGACAAGAUCUCCUCAUCGCCCAUGCCCUAUAGGCCUCACUGUUGCAAAGGUUGAUAUUGUGGAUGGGAAUAAAGUUUUCAUUUCUGGUGUUGAUUUAGUUGAUGGAACUCCCGUCCUUGACAUCAAGCCAUAUCUUCCAUACUGUGAUAGCAUCCCUGGUGCAAUGGUCCCCGAUUGGGUAAAGGCGGAUAAUAUGUUAGCUAUAACAUCUGUUAGCUUCUCUCACGACUUCUGUGCCUCUCUGAACCAUUGUUGGUCAAGAAAAAUACAGAAGAAGAAGAAAACCGAGAUAUCACUUUAUACAUCUCCUACCGAAUAUCAAAACUUAAUUCAACAAGUGCUGUCAUGGGAUAUACGAUCAGUAUCUCAGAGGAUUCGACCUCAUAAGACUGAAAAUAGCAGCAUGAAUAAUGCAACGCUUGAAGAUGAUGACAGUCAAGAGGAAGUUCAUUUUUCUGAAGAUAUUGUUUACCACCUUAUUUUGGAAGGCCUUGACACCUCCUACAAAAUUGACUAUGACGGCAAUGUUCAUGUCGAAAAGAUUGAACCUUGUACUCCAAACUGAAGCAAGUUAUGGUUUGUGCAUUAUCAGAGCUAGUUAAUUGAAUUUUUUUCAUGUUAUACUUUUAUCUGCUGUGACAUGAAUUAUGUAGGGUAUUGCUGGUCUAAACCAACCCUUUUUUAUUUGGAGUUUCACAAUCAUGGUUUCCGCAAUAUAACUUUCGUUGUGCAGCUACCAGAUAAUUGAUCCUGGUAGUGAUAAUUUUGCAGUAAUGUAGACAUGUAUGAGCCU